AGGAAAGGGGGUGUUGUGAGUGGUUGAUGUAGAUAGACAAGAGCAGGAGGAUGAAGUGGAGUUGUCAAAUACCCGAUUUUGUUGUGCUGCCUCUCUCUUGAGUCACAUUAAGUUGGACGAACUUCAACCAGAACAUCUUACUCUCAACCUCAACUCGAUGGCAGACCAACCUCAAACAACAACAACAACCCAGUCCAACCGAAUCAUCAAUCAGUCAGCGAAUGUCUCGGAUUUGGAUAUCAGCUUGCAUCCGUUACCCAUCCUAAAUAUAUCCGACCACUUCACUAGGACGCGUCUUCAGGCUGAAAGACAAGAUAUAGACAUCUUUGGUGCUUUGAUCGGUACACAGAUCGGUAAAAAGAUCGAAAUCGUCAAUUGCUUCGAACUCUUAACUGAUUCAGAUGGGAAAGUCAACGAUGGAUUCCUGAAAACCAGAAGAGAACAAUUUCAACAGGUUUUUCCAACAUUAGAUCUACUGGGAUGGUACACGAACGGGCCAGAGCCACGAGAAAAAGACCUAGCGAUUCUGAACCAAGUGUCGGAAUGUGUGGACCUCUCGAGUCCGAUCCUCUUACUCUACGAUCUUCUACCGACACCGUCUUCUUCAAGUGGCUCAACUACAGCCGCCAAGGAGUUGCCGGUCCAGAUCUACGAGUUCACUCAGGCCACAACGGGGGCCGAUGGGGAAGGAUUCGUCAAGUGCACCUUCGACGUCCAAACUAGUGAGGCCGAACGCAUCGCAGUGGAUUGUGUGGCCAAACCUGACGUCGGAAGUAAUGAGAGUGGCCUCGUCUCUAAUUUGAUCACCCAACGGAAUGCCAUCCAAAUGCUGCACAACAAACUCGGAUCGAUCGUCGAUUAUCUAGCCCAAUUGAUGGCCGACCUCGAACCUGAAAAUCCGACUGCUACUGCUACUAAGAUCGACCAUGGCCUGUUACGAGAGAUAUCUUCGUUGGUGGCUUCGUUGCCUAAGCCCGAUGAGAAUGCUUCUUUCAAAAAGGAAUACAUGACCGAAUUCAAUGAUGCGUUGUUGACUUCAUAUCUCUCGAGCCAAAGUAAAGUGUUAACUGAGACUAACCAAUUGAUCGAUCGAUAUCUCUAUCUCAACGCUCGCGACAACAAUCUCAAAUUCGGCUCCAGCUCUGCGAGUCACAGCGUUGGCAAAUCGUUGAAAAUGCCCAAAUGAUCUCACAACGAUACCCAUUCUCCCCUUCUUUUUCAAUCAUUUAACGUGACAUAUAAAUUGUCACAUAAGUAUGUCUCAACAGCUUUCUUGGUAUUCCGUUUUUAUUUUUAUUUUUUUUGUUUCUUCUUCGACCCUCUUUGGUAGCGAAUGUAUUUAUAAGAAGAAGGGAAUCAAGUACUCAAGACAAGAGAAAGAUCAGUGUGAGGUGGUCUGGGCAGGGCGUUUCUCAUGGAACAAGCUGAAUUGAUUGACGAGUUCCAGGAUGUCUAUCUUGAUCAUAUUGGGAUUGCCAAUCUAGCCUGGAAGAGGAGGAAAAACAGAAACUAUGGACAAAAGGAGUUGGAGGCUCCAGCCAUAUGAAGCGUUGAUCAAGAAGUCGAUGAUGACCAUUAGUAGGGAGAGCGAAAUCCUCGAUAGAGGGAGGCGCUCAUAGCCCUGCGCAACGAUCCACUUCAGCCCACCCUCUAAACGAGCUCAAGGGGCCCUUCAAUGAGCCCCCGAUAGCCGUCACCGAUUCCUGCAGGACCGGCAAAUUUGGAAUAUUCAUCGUCACCAAUAUGUCUCUUGACAGCCCGACUGGCACCCCCCCC